CGCUUCAGUACGAAAAACGGAGGAAAAGGACUCCUGUGUUUGGGAUUUCGUAUUUAAGCAAUAAUAAUUGUAAAAUAAAGAAAAUGACCGCUCCUCAUUCAAAGAAGCGUGUUUGUUAUUAUUACGAUGGUGACAUAGGGAAUUACUACUAUGGUCAAGGACAUCCUAUGAAACCUCAUCGUAUACGCAUGACUCAUAAUUUAAUAUUAAAUUAUGGAUUGUAUAGAAAGAUGGAAAUUUAUAGGCCUCACAAAGCUACUCAAGAAGAAAUGACCAAAUACCAUAGUGAUGACUAUGUUCGUUUUCUACGGAGCAUAAGACCAGACAACAUGUCCGAAUACAAUAAACAAAUGCAACGGUUUAAUGUUGGUGAAGAUUGUCCUGUUUUUGAUGGAUUGUAUGAGUUUUGUCAGUUGUCUACUGGGGGUAGUGUUGCGGGUGCUGUGAAACUUAACAAACAAGCUGCUGAAAUUGCUGUCAACUGGGCUGGAGGGCUCCACCAUGCAAAGAAAUCUGAAGCAUCAGGCUUUUGUUAUGUAAAUGAUAUUGUUCUCGCAAUAUUGGAACUACUCAAGUAUCAUCAACGGGUGUUGUACAUAGAUAUCGACAUUCAUCAUGGUGAUGGUGUUGAAGAAGCCUUUUACACUACAGAUAGAGUGAUGACAGUAUCUUUUCAUAAGUAUGGAGAGUAUUUUCCUGGUACUGGAGACUUGAGAGAUAUUGGAGCAGGCAAAGGAAAAUAUUAUGCUGUCAAUUUUCCUCUACGAGAUGGAAUUGAUGAUGAAUCAUAUGAGCAAGGCAUAUUUCAACCGUUAAUAUCAAAAGUUAUGGAAAUGUACCAACCAAGUGCAAUUGUUUUGCAAUGUGGUGCUGAUUCUUUGUCCGGAGAUCGUUUGGGAUGUUUUAAUCUCACCUUGAAAGGUCAUGGAAAGUGUGUUGAAUUUGUUAAAAAAUACAAUCUUCCUCUAUUGUUGUUGGGAGGAGGCGGGUAUACUAUCAGAAAUGUUGCCAGGUGUUGGACACACGAAACUUCUGUUGCUCUUAAUUCUGAUGUUGCGAAUGAACUGCCUUACAAUGAUUAUUUUGAAUACUUUGGACCAGAUUUUAAACUUCAUAUCAGUCCUUCCAACAUGGCUAACCAGAAUACUCCAGAAUAUCUUGAAAAAAUCAGGACAAGAUUAUUUGAAAACUUAAGGAUGCUUCCCCAUGCUCCUGGUGUACAAAUGCAACCCAUACCUGAAGAUGGGAUUGAUAAUGAAAGUGAGGAUGAAGAGAAAGAAAAUCCGGAUGAACGAAUUAGUAUUCGAGCUUCUGAGAAAAGAAUAGCAUGUGAAGAAGAAUUUUCGGACAGUGAAGAUGAAGGUGAUGGGAGAAGAGACGUAAGAACACAUAGACCUAAAAAGAAGCAUAAGAAUGAUGAUGCUGAUUUGAAAAAAGAGUCUGAUGUUAAAGCUGAAAAAGAAGAUAGGAAAUCUGAUGCAUCACAGAAUGACUCUAAAGGGAAUGCAUGAUGGAAAUGGUCUAACUGUUGAAAUGUGUAUAUUAAUGUUGAAAUUACUCAUGAAGUUGGAAAUUCAUGCACAUUUUAGUUUGACCAAUUUACAAGUGAUGUUUUUAAACACUCUCAUCAUGUUUUCAGCUGUUGACUCUUAAUACAGUGAAUAGAUUUUACUUAAAUUUAAUUUCUUUUCACCACAAAAACAGAAUAUACUGGCCUAUGCAUCCAAUGUAAACUACCUCCUUCCAACUUAGGAACAUGUUUACAGGCUGUAGAGUUAUUUCCCUCCUACUUUAAGUGAAAACAAUUGAACAGCUAAAUUAUUAUGUUUUGUCAUUUUACCUUUUACUGAUUGUUUUUAAGUCCUUUAAUAUUGCAUACCAUUGUGUAAAUUGAAUUUUCUGACUGAAACAUUCUCUCUGAGCUCAAGAUCUCAUUUCUUUGUUUUCGAAGAAAUUUGAAAUACAUAUAAAUAAUUCAUAUGCUGUAAAUAUUGAAGAAAUUGAUAUUUGUAUCUUAAUGUUUCACUCUUUUAGUUUCACUUGUAUGAACAUUUCCUUCAUGUGUAAAUCUUCUUAGUCAUAUUAUGACUAUUAUUUGGUUUUUGCAUUUGUUACUGUAUCAUGUGUGUAGAGAACAAUAAAUUCUUUUAAUA